AUGCAGUCAUCUCCCCAAGCUCAGUUCAAAUGGAUUAUGUUAUACCAGUGCCACCUAACAAAGUUUGUGAUACUUCGACCUCUUUCAUCAAAAAGAGCAGCUGAAGUUGUCUUUCAACUGCUCGACAUCUUCUUGCUGUUUGGUGCUCCUGCAAUCCUUCAAAGUGACAAUGGUUCUGAAUUUACAGCUCAUGUCAUCACAGAACUAAAAGAUCUUUGGCCAGAUCUCAUCAUAGUCCAUGGAAAACCAAGACAUCCCCAAAGCCAAGGUUCUGUGGAACGUGCCAAUGGGGACAUCAAGGAUAUGUUGAUUGCUUGGAUGUCAGGCAACAACACACAGGAUUGGUCCAUUGGUCUUCGUUUUGUCCAAAACAUGAAGAACUCCGGCUAUCACUAUCACUCAGGUAUCCAGCACACACCAUACAAAGCUAUGUUUGGUUGUGAUCCUAUUCCGUCACCACUUACAAGACGUGAGCGUGAGAUAACACAGGAAAGGAAGCGAGCAAGAGAAGCACAGCUCUCGCAAGCUGAGCGCAUGGUAAAGCGCAGCAGAUUAGACUCGAAGACAGGGGAAGUAGGAGAUAAUGUUGCAGUUCAUAUUCCUUUGGUGGAUAGGGGACGGGUGGGUGCACGUAAUAUCCUCGGUGUCAUCGUUGAUCGUGAUGAAAAUGACCUUUACACCAUAGCCGUUAAGAGUGGCAUAAUCAAGACCAAGUAUUCACGCAACCAAUUUGAUCUUCGUCCGCAGAAACUUCUCACUCAGUCUGAUGUCAAACAAGAUGAACAGGUUUCCCUUCGGCAGGCUUUGAAAUCUACAGCCACUUGUGGUCAGGGUUUCUUACAAUGCGGCUGUGGUAAAGGCGAAAAAAAUUGUUCUACAAAUCGUGUAAUUGUUACAAGGCUAAGCGCAAGUGUAACAGUCGACGUCAUAACAGUCUAA